CGGAAAACAGUUUGAAAAAUAAUCGAUUUUCAUCCACUGAACGGCCUUAUUGUAAUUUACAAAUCGAUACUGAAAAAUAAUAGAAUCUCGUAAAAGUGAAAAUCUCCCACACGACAUAUUAAGUUUACGAGUUGACAUAUGUAUUAUUUUUUUUGUAUUUAAGGAUAUUCUGUCACUGUAGCCAAUCAGUGCUGGGUGUCGCCAGAAAAACAGACAGAAUCGUAGGCUAUAUCGAUCCGUCAUAGAACUGCCACUGAGAAACACAUUGAAAAACGGAUGACGAAAAAGCCUCUCUUUGAUUUGGAAUAAUUUUCAUCAAUGGAAGAGCAUUUUCUCGUGUUUUUGGUAAAUACCAUUGGAUGACAAAAGACGGAGGUGAGGGGAUUUAACUCUAUGUCAAGGCUGGUCCGACGGUCGUGUCGUCAUGCCAUUGCACGCAGUCUGAGGAGUUGCAGAUAUGCCCCAGGGAAAAGAGAUUUCAGAUGCUAGUUUUAAUUCCGGAUCCGGUCAAGCAGCACCACCUUAUGUUACUCUAAGUAUUCUGGUGGCGGGAGUGGUAGGUGGUGUGGUGAUUGUGGUGGCAGUUCUCUUCUGCUGUAAAUGCUGCUCGGAAAAAUCAAAAUCAAGAUGGAGAUUGAACAUAAGGGAUUCCAUACAUAUUACUGAUGCAGAAAGGAGCGUGACGUCACCAACCUCGAAAUACGAAAACGCUCAUUCUGACUUGUUUUCAGACCCAAGCCUCGGAUCCGUGGAGGGCAUCCUGUCCAGUCCCCGAUCAUCAGACCUCAAUAAAAAUAGAGAAUCAGAUCAGCUUUUUUACGAGGCAUCAGAAACAACGAAACUGAAAACGGACUUUGAAAAAGAGGACUAUAAGAAUGAUCUGGGUCAUUUGGAAUACUCCAAAGAAGAACAAACUUCAACUCAAGAGGAACCAAACGACAAAGCAUCCAGGCGAGUAUCCUUCCAGCUGGAAGAUCUUCCACCCAGUCAGCACCUGCGCAAAGGAAGAAGAUACACCGAUGGAGAUUUUCAUCAUCUUAAAAGAUCCAGAAUUGGGAAGGUUCCUCGCCAGUAUUCGCUCGGAACAAGGAACUUGGAUGCUUCCAAUGGAGUGGAUCCACUAGACCAGACAGUUCUAGAAAAAAUACAAAAACCCAUAGUGAGCGAGGUAGAUCAAGUGACACCCCUUUACACCGGAACUGAAUCUCCCUCCCCCUCAAGUACCCCCCUCAAAACCGAGGUCGCUGUAGAAAUACAUCACAAUGCUCAGGAGAACAAAUCAGUCCAAAGCUUGCCGAAGUUCAAACCAAUGGUUAGCGAGAAGAAACAGUGGCGAUUUAAGUUGUAUUCACAAAGUUUGGACAUCGCAUCAGAUGACUACGAAUAUAAACAAGAAGAAAGAAGGUGUAAGAGUUACCACGACAUCGGUGACUACGAUGUUCUUCAGAUAACGGAGUUCAAAGGUCCCUUUUUUAACACAGAUUUCGAUGCCAUUUCAGAAUUAGGAUCAUCAAGCAGUAGCAAGGUAAGGUAUAACGAUACAGGAAGUAUUGAACAGCUAAAUGACGAAAACUUAGAUAGUUUGGAAUUCUUUGAAGAGUUUGAGAUGGAUACAUUAAGAAUUGAUGACAGUGAUGAUAAUGAAACAAUAAACGGUACACAAAAAUACCGCGAACUAUGGCAUCUAAGAACCACUUUCGAGGAAGAAGAGGAAUGUAGUGACACAAUACGAAUGGAGGAUAUGACGUCACCAGAUCAGUCACCUGAUGCCGAUGUCCAGAACGUAUUUGAUCCUCGAGCAAGUUCUGAUGAACAAGCAAAAGGUAGAAGGUCUAGUUCAGUUGGAACGGUUCCAUCAAAAGAAUCAAUCUCGAUUACCUUAAAUCCCGAGUCAGAAAUUAGACGUAGGACAUAUAAAAAUAUCCUUGAACGACGAAGCGAGCAGCGUUCGGUGCACUGCUCUCCGAAUGCGGAAAAUAGUUUUGAUAGCAUUACAACUGUUGACACCGACGGGGACCGCUCGGACACCAGUCGUCCGGAAGUGACAACGACUUCUUUUGAGUCGACAACCGAUAAUACAGACAGUACAACAGAGAGCCAAAACCAUAAACUGAUCCAGAUGAAAGCCGACAGUGGGUACAAGUCAUUAGAAACUCCAAAUCCUUCACAUUUAUUCAAAAGAAAUCACAGUACUGGAGAAAUUGAGGAAGAAAUAGUAGAAUUAGAGCCACUAACUGAGAAACUAUUUGUUCAUGCGCACUCCCUUCCGGAGAGCGGAUCUUCCGGUGAACGCGCCUAUUUUGAUAGACGCACAGGCAAAACUGCCUCUCGAAAAAGACGAGAAUAUCGUCGAGAACGACAAAUGGUUCAAGUGUAUGAAAGCAUUAAUGAACCAGAGAGCGAUUCAAAGUCAGAUCAACAGUCUGUUGAAAGUCUGAAAGUUGCUUCACCUUCCAGCAAGUUCUCCGUUUUUUCUCGAUUGUUCAAGUCAAAUAAGGACCAAAAAGAAAAGCAGUAUGCUACUCGUGACUAUUCUAUAGAUGAAAAAUCCAACAGAGUGUUCCAGGAAUUUUUAAGGUUUGACCCUGCGUUGGAAAAUAGGCCACGCUCUGCAAGUCAACCAAGAAUACAUAUACCAAAACACAGACUUCACAGAAAACACUCAGAUGUCAAAUAUUUUGAGGAGAGACGCCGGGAUAGGUUGGCGCCAGACAAACGAAGUUUAAGUUUAGGAAGUGACAGCAGCACCAGUUCCAUUCGGAGACUCUCACCUCAAGAUAGUAUCGAAGAGGAAGAUUACGAGGAUGUUCGAAAGGAAGAGGAAGAGAGCGAGUCUUAUGAUCCGCUGUUACAGAGAGCGUUUUCCGGUCACGUGGUGCAAACCUUACCUCUACCGGAAGAAGAGGUGGGUACGGAGGAGGCGUAACCUUGUUUCAGAUUUCUUACAAUCAAUUUUCAACAUUUUCAUAACUUUGUCACAAUUUUAAUUCAUCAGUUUACUGCUUUGCAGUAAUCUAGACAUGAAUAUGAACAAUUGGUGCAAAUAUUAUUUUAUGAAAUAAUUAAUUUAUAUUGGAUGUAGGAUUUUGUGUGGUAGCUGGAAAACAAUAUUAACAAAAUGUUAUUUGAUGUGUUUUAACAUUACCCACAUACAAAUGUGCUUAUAAUCAUGAAAUCCGAGACUAUAUGUUUUUACCAUGAAAUUGUUGUUCAGCAUUUAAAUAUACC